CACCCACCACCAUACCAGUGACGAGUAGGGCAAGGAGAGUGCGAAGGGUACAAUCGAGGUGCCGUACUUGGAUUGUCGGCUUUUGCACUGCGGGUGGUUGCCUGCGCGUUGACAGCAGCACAGCAAGGCAAGGAUGGAUAUUGCAACGCAGCAGGAGUACCCAGGCCUGAAGGAUGGCGAGAUCUCCACAGGGACGACGAUCAUGGCCGUCCAGUACGAUGGUGGGGUCAUCAUGGGAGCAGACUCGCGAACGUCAACCGGCACUUACGUGGCGAACCGCGUGAGUGACAAGAUCACCUCGUUACACGACCACAUAUACGCCUGUCGCUCGGGAUCGGCCGCGGAUACACAAGCCAUCACGGACUACGUGCGCUACUUUUUGGCGUCACACAGUGUGGAAUUAGGACGGCUUCCCUUAGUCAAGACAGCAGCAAAGAUGGCCCGAGGUCUAUGCUACAACAACAAGGAUCGGCUCUUGGCGGGGAUGAUCAUUGCAGGCUGGGACCCGGUGGAUGGGGGAACUGUGUACGAGAUCCCGUUGGGCGGGACCAUGAUGAAGCAGAAGUUUGCAAUCGGGGGAUCCGGCUCUACGUAUAUAUACGGCCACGUAGACGCGGCGUUCAAGGAGAACAUGACGAAGGAGGAGGCGCAGCAGUUUGUACGCAAAGCGAUUUCUCAUGCGAUGGCUCGCGACGGGAGCUCUGGAGGAGUGAUCCGGAUGGUGGUUAUCGACAAGACUGGGGUUUCAUGCGAGUACAUCCCAGGCGACCAGUUGCCCUUUGGGCCGUAACAAGUUCAAGUGCCGAGUCACCCCCGUCGUGCCGUGAUCGAUCGCAUGGAAGGAGCUGCACAAGCAUUUCUGUGUUCGCUGGUUCAACUGCAGCAAAAACUGUAUCAGCCGCAGAGGGUAGCCAGGGAAAACAGCUCCGUCGGAAAAUGUCUUGAAUUUGAUGCGUCACAUUGCCUGGUACACUCUUGUCAGCCUCACGAAAGGAGGCAAGAAGAAAGGAUAGAGACAUGUGGUACUUGGUGAGCCAAGUGUUGUGUUUUCCGCCGCCUUGCCACGUGCUUGAAGGUUACACGAAACUCAGGUCAUGUCGUGUGUCGUGUGGACAACGCAUGUCGCAUGUGUCUUGCAACGAACAAGCCCAAAAGCCGGCGCAAGCUUAUUCAGCUGCUGUAACUGCUACGAGUGCGCCAUUCUUGCAAGCCCCUAAGUCGUGAUGCGCACCAGGACCUCGCUACUCCACACUUACAUCCUGGCGAACUGCUGAUGAAAAAACGGUUCUCGAAGGCAAGCGCACAACUUGCGAAAAUAGGGUAACUCCCCUCUUUCCUCAAGCCUAACUUGGUCCGGAGCCAGGAGCUGGACCGUUGCCAUUCGGGGGCGUGGCUUGUGGUGGGGGAGGGCCUCGUGGCGGCCCGCCUCCCAUAAACGGACGUGGUGCACCCAUCAUGGGUCCACCGCCCAUGAAUCCGCCCGGGCGUGGUCCCAUCAUGGGUCCACCGCCCAUUGGCCCUCCGCCCAUGAAUCCACCCGGACGCGGUGCGCCCAUCAUCGGUCCUCCGCCCAUUGGGCCACGCCCUCCCAUUCCAGGCAUUAGUGAGUUGUUCAUGGGGCCCAUUCCCAAAGAUCCUGAGCCCAUCAUCGGCCCUCUAGGUCCAGGGCCAACUUCAGGACACAUAGGCAUCGGUCCCGUUGGCAUCGCGCCGCUGGGCCCUGCACCGCCGUUUGCAGCUUGUUGCUGGACGAACUUCUCCAAAAACUGCUUGUAGUGCAGCUUCACGUUAUCGGUGUGCUUCCAUCCUCGAUUGUGCUGGCGUCGUCCAGGCGCGGAGUCGUGGGUGAGGUAAGUACCACAGUAGUCACAAUAGUAGCGCGGCAUAUCGUCCCCCACGGCUGCUGAAGGAACGUAUCUGCUGUCCCAC